UGCUGCUGCCUACCGUUGCAAAUCGAAAACACUGGUUAAGCUGUUAAGCAGGCCGCUUCUGUUCUCGCUGCUGUCAAUUCAUGUUCCUGAGAAACUACACCCGAUUGUGGUUUUAAUUUGGCCAUGGAACGAUGGGACCUUCUAUCAGAACGGAACGAGAAGGGAAUUCUACCUAUGUCAAUAAGUCAUUGUUAAACGCAGAAGCAGGAUGAAGAGGACAUACAUAUGUCACAUUAUCCAACUUAAACAAGCAUUUCUUGUGAUCAAUAAUUUCAAGAAACAGCGAGUAAUGGAACCUGAUCAUGAGGACUCACUGGAAACCUCGUCUGACUCAGGAUCUUCAUUAUCUAUACUAGAACUACCCCCAGAAGUUAUGUAUUUAAUUUUCUCUCACUGCGAUGUCUCUCAUCUUUUCACAUCUGUGCAGUAUGUCUGCAGUCGUUGGCAUGAACUGCUUCAAGCUGUCCAUGUUUGGAAAGGCAGAAGACUUGUUUUUGGCAGAGAUAUGCCUUGUCAUCAGUUAAUGAGUUACAUUCGUUGCGCACCAAGUGUCGAUGCUAUUUCAUAUACAUAUACUUCAUGUCACAGAUAUGUUCCCUGCUUAAUCAAAAAUUGUUUUAAUCUUUCUUGGCUUAAAUUACAUGGGGACUUUUUUGUUCCUUAUGGUGCAUUGAAGAAUCUCACAAACUUAAAGCACCUUGAUUUAGAUUUAAGAUGGAAAUUUGAGAAGAAACAUGACCAUGAUCCAAAUUUAACAGGUAUCUCUUCAGUGUCAUCUCUUCGAACUCUUAUAGUAAGGAACUUCAAUUAUCAUGAAAGAUUUGUGAUUGACUGCAUUAGCAACUGCCCAAAUUUACAACAUAUUUACAUGACAAAAGUAGAGACUCUAGAAGUUUAUGUGGAUCCUGAAAAAAUGGAAAAUGAAAGAUCAGAAAACUGCCUAAAAACAGUGUAUGUCUUCGCAGCUCAAAAUGUUGGUAGAGAACUUUUAAAUUUGGUAGCAAAACCACAGUAUCGUCGCCUACGUAAUCUUGUUAUAAAGCCUAAUGAGUACACAGAUGAAGAUUUUACUACUACAUUAUUCUAUGAUAGGUUUCCAGAAAUAUUGACUCUUGAUAUUGGCUAUUCAAAUUUAGUUACUGACAAAUCUAUGCCUCUGUUGGUUGACUGCUGUCCCAAACUAGUUAAUUUAUGCUUAAGCCGAUGUAACAUUGGGGAUGAGACUGUAAAACUUUUUCUCAAAAAACUACCUCACUUAGAAAGACUUAAUCUACAUGGCACUAUGGUAACUUCAGAUCUUUUACAUCAUUUCCCAUCAUCAUUCCCAAAUUUGAAAGCUCUGAAUUUUUGUGCUUGUAGAUUUGUCCAUCAAUAUAAUGUUUUGCCAUUGCUCGAUGCUCUUCCAAAUCUAAUGAUUCUGGAUCGUAGGGGAGACUUCUUAGGUGGUAAUAGAGUUAGCAAAAUUAUGUGGCCUUUCCUCCCAGUGAGAAAUGCUUUGGCAUAGGGUAACUCUUUUCUUGUUAAGUGCCAUACCAUAACAUUACUUACUGUAAUUUUUUUUUAAAUUGUGGUCUUAAUUUAUACAAUUGUUAUGUGCACCUCUUGUUUUCAAAAAACAACAAAAUCUACCUUUGGUAGAAUAAUAUUACUCUCAGUGCGAAAUGAAUUUUUUGUCUAAACUUGUGCCUCAUUUCGACUUACGACAUCGUUUCGACAUCUUUAAAAAUGUAUUUCGCACUGGGCUGAGUGUAGCACUAUGUGAAUGUUUUGUUACUUAUUCAACCCUUGUUAUAUCUAAAGUAAUUACUACCAGUA